AUGCCACGCAUCUCGCCGUUUCGCGCACUCGUGCGCCUCCCCACGGUCGCUCCCACCACACGCACACUCGCAGCACCGAUCCGCACGCCUGCCUUGCGCGCAAACACAACCACAUACUCUCCACUGCUGGCCAGACUCGCACCACGAACACCACUCACCGCCUCACCCAGCGUGCUGGCGCUCGUGGCGGCACAAACACCCGCAGCAGCCGCGUCGGCAGCACAGACAAGAUGCGUGACGUACGGAUCCGAGUACCAGCCCUCGCAGCGCAUCCGCAAGCGCAGACACGGGUUCCUCGCGCGCAACAAGACCAAGAACGGACGCAAGACGCUCAUGCGCAGGAGGUUCCGUGGCAAAGCCAAACUCAGCCAUUGA